AUGGAGCGCGACCCUGUGCGGGAGGUCCUGGAGAGGAAGCCGAACCCCGUGCGCAAGAUGAGCCACUUACAGAGGCCGCCUCCUCUUGGCGCAGUCACCUGCUGGUUUGACCCAGGGCCCAUGUGCUACUAUGGAUUCCUUCAAAGCUCUCAACGGUAUUUUGCACUUAAAAAGCAAAACCUUGAUGCGGGUGUUAGCUUCCUAAAGUCUCGUAAACGAGUAGAUAUACUCAUAGCCAGUAUAUCUACGUAA